AUGUCUUCUUCCAAAUCUAAGAAGCUUACCAAUCAAGAGGUAACUACGCAAUUUAACCUCAAGAAAAACGAAUUACAAACCAUUGCACAAAAAAUUGGUGAACUUGAAUCGGAAGUCGAGGAGCAUAAGGCCGUGAUAGAUACAAUAUCCCCUCUAAACGGCGAUCGGAAAUGCUUUCGACUUGUGGGUGGUGUGUUGGUUGAACGUACCGUAAAAGAUGUGUUGCCCGCUCUUCAAACAAAUCACGAUGGGAUUAAAAGAGCGAUAGAUCAAUUAGUUCAGUCAUAUAAAACUAAAGAAGAAGAAUUCGUUGCUUUUCAAAAGGAGCAUAAUAUCAUUACUACAUAA